GUCGCAGUGGGCUACCUGGCUCAGUACAGCCUGGUAGCACUAGUAACACUAAUAGGCCAGGAGACAUUGAGUCCAUCCUCAAGCAAAUGCGUGAUGCUGCAGACAAGAGGAAAGAACUGGAACAGCAGCAUGCAGAAGCAUUAAGCCAACUUCGGGAGAAGCAGAGUGAACUCCAACGAUUGACGAAAUUCAGCACAAAUACCAGUUCUGAGAAGAAAAGCAAGAACUAUGAAACAAUUGAAGCAUUGCAGUCUAAGAUCCGUGAGCUUGAGAAGAAGACAGAGUUGCAAAACGUUCGCCAUGAGGAGCUUCUGCUGGAGAUGGCCUCAAUCAAGCGGUCAUCACAAGGAACCUCUGCGGCAUCUGCAACUAUGGGUCCUUCCACCACCAGUGGUACAGGGUGGAAAUUGUCACGUGCUAGUUCCACCAAUCAGGAAGUUCAGACUUCACCAGAGUCGGGUAACUCCACGCCAGACUCUGGUCGUCUGGAGAGUACAGGUCGCUCCACACCUCUGGAUCAACAUCCAGCUACUGGACCCUCCACCAGGACAGUACUGAAUAGAAGUCAUGCCACAACUGUCACUUCAGGUUGUGGUACAUCUGGAGUCGUUCUCUCCCCCUUUCCUAGAUCAGUAUUUCCCCCUGGCCUAACUUCUAUAGGGGGAUUCACUCCUUCUUAUUGCAUGCAGCAACAACCAUAUUAUACACAUCCUCCUGGUCCAAACCCUGGUCUAUGGAAAAGUCCCUCUGUUUCAGAUUUAACUUCAAUCUAUCAAAUGUCAAACAGCCACUAUGGUGUUAAUAAUUCUACUUCUAAUCCGCCAACUAUUAAUUCUUCUAUUCGUGGUGGCCCAUUCUCAUCAUCCUCCCUACCCAACACCACUGCUGCUCCAAAUCAACCACCAAACUCUCUCCCAUUGUUGCCAAAUACCUGCACCGUGGAACCUAUCAUAGCUGCCAGUAACACUGGAACUGGGGCGGAGAAGUACGCGCACAGUAGCAGCCACGCACAGUCACAAGUGCAGCAAGGAAGGACUGGGUCUCCUAUUGCUACAUCCACAGGUGUGUCAACUGUUGGGGUCCAAAGCUCCAGUGAGAUUGAUCGUAUCAUGGCAAAGAUUGAGCAAGACAACCGAAUCUUGGCAGAACUGGACAAGACCAGGUCUACUAUUGGUGACACUUCAGACUGUACCACCAUCACUAUACCGGUCCCCCAACACAAAGCCUUGGGUGCAGAGCGUUUAUUACCAACCUGCAGACAGCAACAGCCAUCACCACCACAUCAACAUCUGCAACAACACUCUGCUGACUCACAGAAACACUACCUUAAAGUCCCACAGAUAAUGUAUGGUCAUGGUUCUCGAAGUGGUAGUCAUGAUCAGCAGCGUGUCUCUGGAAAUGUUUCCACGACUGCUGUUGGAGGAAUAAUGGGUGCUCCUUCCACUGCAGUUGCCACUGGUGAAACAAUAGGUUUCAUUACAAGCCUUCCCAUGCUACCUGCACCUCCCACGGGACAUACUACACAGUUACAGUUUGUCCCACAAGCGCAGCUGCAGCCAGCGCAGUACGUAAUGCAGACGGCUGCAGGGUUGGUACCUCAGGGGCUUGUGCCUCACCAGUCAACUCAGCUGCAACAUAGGCUCAUGCCUCAACUGCCUGCAACAGUGCCAGCCAUUCUCACCACACACUAUGACCUGGACACAAGGAAUAAUUUCCUAAAUGGAAAUAUCCCAGGCAUGUUUACAACAUUUCCAGCUGAUCAGUUACAACAGACGGGUGCUGCAGAGAACAAGGUGGACAUGUUGGAUGUCCCAGGCAAGGGUCGUUGCUAUGUCUACAUAGCCAGGUAUUCAUAUGACCCAUUCCAGCAGUCACCUAAUGAAAAUCCAGAGGCUGAACUGGCCAUAAAUGCAGGUGACUACCUCCUUGUCUGGGGCAACAUGGAUGAGGAUGGUUUCUUUGAUGGCGAACUUUUAGAUGGAAGACGUGGUUUGGUGCCAUCUAAUUUUAUACAAAAAUUAGUUGGCGAAGACUUACUUGAGUUUCAUCAAGCAGUAGUACAGGGCCUUCGAGAUGGUGAUGACAGCGGAUCCACCAAUAUAGCUCAUGAUCUAGCCCAAGAAGCUCUUGCCUUGAUGGAAGAUGGAUACAACAGGCAACGGCCAUUGGUUCCUGGUGAUUACAGUUACAUAGACUUAGAAGACAUCUUAGAAGAAGAUGAUGAAGGUCUUGGUGAGCAGCUGGGUGAGGGGCCAGCAGCAGUGGUAUUCUUCUCGGAUCUAGUCCCAGCACCUAAACAACUUACCCUGGAGAGGCAACUGAACAAGAGUGUCUUGAUUGGCUGGAACCCACCUGAUGCACCCCCUGGAACCAUAGACUCAUACCAUGUCUACGUUGAUGGUGUUCUCAAGACAACCAUCAAGGCAUCAGAGCGGACCAGAGCACUAGUUGAGGGUGUUGAUUCAACAAGACCUCAUCGAAUCAGUGUGCGAUCAGUCACACCUAACAGACGAACAUCUCGUGAUGCGGCAUGCACUAUGGUCAUCUGCAAGGACACACCUUUGGGUCCAAGCAAUGUAAAAGCAAGCCAUGUAACAAGCACCUCAGCUGUUAUCUCCUGGUUGCCUAGCAACAGCAACCACCAGCAUGUUGUUUGUGUCAACAAUGUGGAGGUUCGGACUGUGAAACCAGGUGUCUACAGGCAUACAAUUACUGGCCUAGCUCCUAAUACGGUGUACAGGGUGACAGUACGAGCUAAGAAUAUACGGGCUCCCAAUUUUGAUGAGAAGGCAAGCCAGCAGAUGGAGAGGUUCUCUUGUCACGUCGACUUCCGAACAUUGCCUAAAGGCUGCAAAGUCAUAUGUUUCUGGCAAGUGAGGCAGUGGGUUGGGAUAUAUGGUGGACGGCAGGACGAGUCUACAGGCCUGCCUGAUCCUCCAGUAGACAUUCAAGUAGAGGCAGGCCCACAGGAUGGGACUUUGCUGGUCACAUGGUUGCCUGUUGGGCUUAAUGCUUCCACCAAUGGGGCUCCAGUGACAGGAUAUGCUGUCUAUGCUGAUGGCAAGAAAGUUACUGAUGUUGACAGUCCAACAGGUGACCAUGCGCUAAUUGACAUCAAUAAAUUGCUGGGACUAAAUCCAAAACAGGUUACGGUGCGCACGAAGUCUCGUGAUAGCCAGUCAGCUGACAGUGUUCCCACUCCCAUUCCUUCUGUGGCUCUCAAAAAUAAAAUUAGCAAGGAUGGUGUGGAUAAGCUGGAUCGGAGACAGAGGGCACAAUAUGGAUCAGCCGUCCCACCUCACAUGCGCCACCAUAUGCAGGGUAGCCAAUCGGGGCAUAGAAACAUGAGGGUUGAUGCUCAUGGACAAGUUAUAAUAGACCCAGAAGAAAAUCUAUCUGAUAAAGAGAUCUACCCAGCAGGGAACCACAUCAAUAUCCCGUCCAUAGAAAUCACCAAGGAUUCUGCCAGUGAAGGCAACUUCAGUGAAGACGAUUACUUGGAUGGUCGAAGAGGAGCUCGAGGAUAUCAUGGACCCAGUGGGGGACAUUAUGACCCUCGAGGCAUUCCACGUAGUCACACUGAAAGGGGUCGACCUCCUCCUUUACCGCAUGAGAGAGGACGCAUGGACCACCACCCUCCACCUCCUCGUGGCAGGGAUAGGAAUGAUGACAGGGACCAGUAUUAUGGAGACCCUCGUGGUGACCCUAGAGGCAGACACGGGGGUCAUCCUGGAGACAGGGGGCACCGGGGAGGACUCCCUCCUGGUCGGGUUCCUCCACCCCAUCAACAGCCAGGGCCACCUCCAGGAGGUCCAGGACCUGGCCUAAGAGACAAAAGAGUGAGAUGGUUUGUGGCUUUAUAUGACUACAACCCUACAACAAUGUCACCAAACCCAGAUGCUUGUGAAGAAGAGCUGCCAUUCUCGGAGAAUGACACCAUCAAGGUCUAUGGGGAUAAAGAUGCAGAUGGUUUCUACUGGGGUGAAUGCAGAGGUAGGAGGGGUUUUGUUCCACAUAACAUGGUGGUAGAAGUACAGGAUACUCUAAAGGAAGGAGGUCGUGGUGGGCCAAGAGAUCGUUGGGGAGACAUAUAUGCCAACAUGCCAGUCAAAAAGAUGAUUGCUCUCUACGAUUACGACCCACAAGAGCUUUCACCAAAUGUUGAUGCCGAGGUGGAGUUGUCAUUCCAGACGGGCAAUGUCAUCUAUGUUUAUGGUGAUAUGGAUGACGAUGGUUUCUACAUGGGUGAAUUGGAUGGGGUUCGGGGGUUGGUUCCUUCCAACUUCUUGACUGAAGCGCCUCCUGAUUAUAGUAAUGGAGGCGGAGGACCCAGACAGGGUCGACCACCUCCACAAGACCGUAGUGGAAGAGGCGGGGGACACGGUCCCGGGACUAGAGGUCCCCCUCCUCCUCCAAGGGAUGGAGUGCGCAUGGACCCCAGAGACAGAAGGAAAGAUCAUCUACCUACACAGACACAGUUAGACUAUAGGGCCGAUCACAACACUAGCCUUCAGGUAAGUACUUCAGUACAAAUGAACUUGACAUUUUUAUUCCCCAUUUCUCCUGUAUUUCUGCAUGGCUUUGCAUUUGACUGAUCGUUCAACACAAACAUAAGUGUACACUCACACUUACUAGUGUUCAUCCUAA